GACAAGCCUGCAGAAGCUCCGGUAGAACCUGGUGCACCACCAGCAGGGGAGAAACCAGCAGAGCAAGCUCCACCACCACCAGGAGAUAAGCCCGCUGAACAAGCUCCACCACCACCAGGAGACAAGCCUGCAGAAGCUCCGGUAGAAUCUGGUGCACCACCACCAGGAGAUAAGCCCGCUGAACAAGCUCAGCCAUCACCAGCAGAUAAACCUGCAGAACAAGCUCCACAGCCACCGGGAGAGAAACCUGCAGAGCAAGCUCCACCACCACCAGGAGACAAGCCUGCAGAACAAACUCAACCACUACCGGCAGAUAAACCUGCAGAUCAAGCUCCACCGCCACAGGGAGACAAACCAGCAGAGCAAGCUCCACCACCACCAGGAGAAAAGCCUUCAGAAGCUCCGGUAGAACCUGGUGCACCACCAGCAGGGGAAAAACCAGCAGAGCAAGCUCCACCACCACCAGGAGACAAGCCUGCAGAACAAGCUCCACCACCACCAGGAGAGAAACCCGCCGAACAAGCUCCACCACCGCAGGGAGAAAAACCUGCAGAUCAGGGGGCUCCAUCUGCAGCACCAUCAGAUAGGCCUGCAGAGCAAGCUGGUGCAGGUGCUACAAAACCACAAGAGGAGACUAAGCCAUCUGACGAUGUAACGACAGCACGCGAGAUAGAGAAUGGUCAGUCAAGCGCAGCCGCAAAGAACGGCCAACCUCCUGCCGAACAGCAACAACCAGCUGCUCCACUUUCUCAGCAGGAACUUGAUAAGCUAGCCAUAGAGACGUAA